UAUAUAGGAAGAAAGGGAAGGAGAAGAUUCGUGCGUGCACUCUGCAAAAGAGGGUGUCGUCUACUCUCUUCAGUUUCAAAGUGGACACGUUCCGCGACGCCGACGUUUUUUCCAAAUCAUUAUAGUGCACUUUUAUUUUUAAAUAAUUUGUCAUCGUGUUUAUCGACAAAAUUCGCAUUCCCUCUUUCACGUUUAUUUAAUUAAUAACUGAGAGUUCUUUUCGAAACUGUCAACAUGAUUUCCAAUACUUCUUGGAUGCUCCUCCCUAUUUUUCUCAUUAUUUUCGCUAAUUCUGGUUCAGCGUUAAAGUGUUGGGAUUGUUCGUCUCACACGAGCGCAAUGUGCGGUGAUCCAAUGAAUUCUACCGAUCAUCAAGUUAUGUUUCACGUGAAAGAUUGUGGAAGAGCUUUAUAUAAUAAUAAUAGAUCGAUUUGUCGUAAAAUGGUUAUAAGAGAUGGCGGCGAACGUAUCGUCAUACGUUCCUGUGCUGUACCAAAUACCGACGAAAUGGAAAUAACCGAUGGUAUUUGUGGUUCACUCACAAGCAAUCAAGGUAUAACCGAAUCUUGUCAUAUCUGUAGUACCGAUCUCUGCAAUUCAGCAAGUGGCUUGUCAACGACGCUAUCGUUGUACAUCGCUGGAUUUAUUUUCAUCGGUUAUCAUUUUUUCCAAUCAAAGUACAAUCAAAUAAUAUAAUCGUCAAAAGCAAUUAAAACGACAAGCCUCAUAGAAAAAAUAAUAAUUGGUUACGAAUCGUAUUAAGAUUUUCAUUCUAAUCGUUCAUUCGAUUUACUUUUUACACUAUAAAUGUUUAUAUAAUAUUUUACUAACGAGUUCUUUUCUUCUUCUUCUUCUUCUUCUUCUUCUUCUUUAUUUUUUCGUAUAUUAAUUAAGAAAAAAAUAACGAUUUAUGGAAAAAUUAUUUGUCAUCAUUGAUAGUUAUUGCUACAGAAGCAUGUAUAUUAUUAUAGGUCGAUUGCGUAAGAAUUUUUGGAACGAGCAAUUUUAAAGUAAGCUCGUUAAUUUUACCUAGUUAGUAGAAGCUCGUUAGUGCAUAAUAAAUUAACAUAUUACGUUACCGUAUUAGAUCGGAUAACGCGUCAAGUUAAUUUUUACUAACUUAGAAUUUUAUCUGAACUUAAACUCUUUCUUAUAAUUUCUUUUCUUUUUUUUUUUUUUGGAAAGAACAUAAGUUUAUUAUUAUUUAGAACAUAAUUUCUCGUCUUGUUAAAAUACAUUUAUUUCUUCCCACAUUGUUCGUCGAGGAAUCCAUAAUAUGCCUCGCAAUGGAUUUGUAUCUUUAAUUUAGUAACUUUGUAUAUUUUUUUUUCUCUUAUUAACUCACUCUCUCUCUCUCUCUCUCUCUCUCUCUCUAUUUGUAAAAUUAAGUCUUCGUCUUGCUCUUACUCCUUUCAAAAAUUUGUAAUUAAAAUAAAAUAAAGAAAAAAUACAAAAAAUGUCAAAAAAAAAAAAAAAAAAAAAA